ACAUAUCUGAUAUAACGUGGUGACAAAACAACAACAAUACUAUCUGAACAUCAGAAAACUAAGAUACAAAAAACAAACAAACAAAAAAGGGUGCCCUUUGGAGCCCUUGGGAGAUCGCUGGACGGGUUCACUCGUUCAUCGAUUUGAUUGGUUUGAUCAAUCACGGGUCAUCAUGUGUGGUGUAGGCCGCGGCUGUCGGCUCCGCUCACCGUAAACAAGCACCGGCCAUUACACGAGGACUGAACGGAAAACCGGACAUCACACAGCAGGCGAGACAGAAUGAGCGUAUCCGACGUUUGUGCAUCAAACGCGCUUUAAGAGUGGCGCGAGUCUCGUGAUGGAGGACUGGAGCGAGUGUUUGGAUGUGGCUGUGCAGAUCGCGCGCAGAGCCGGACAGGUAGUUCAGGCAGCAGUGAAGCAGGAGAAGCGUGUGAGCAGCAAGAGCACGCCCACAGACCUGGUGACAGAAACAGACCAUCAGGUGGAAGAGCUCAUAAUCUCCACACUCAGGGAGAGAUACCCCUCACACAGGUUUAUCGGAGAGGAGUCAUCUGCAGCCGGGGAGAAGUGUGAACUAACACUCAGCCCAACAUGGAUAAUAGAUCCCAUUGAUGGGACAUGUAACUUUGUGCACAGUUUCCCAAUGGUGGCAGUAAGCAUUGGCUUUGCAGUGAGGAAAGAGCUUGAGUUUGGGGUCAUCUUCCACUGCUUUGAUGGGACACUGUAUACAGGCAGGAAAGGUCAUGAAGCGUAUUGUAAUGGGGUUCGGCUACAGGUUUCAAAAGAAAAAGAUGUGUCCAAGGCCCUCAUUUUGACAGAGAUUGGGGCAAAGAGAGAUCCUGCCACACUGGAUAUCUUUUUAGGAAAUAUGAAGAAACUAUUAAGUGCACCUACUCAUGGAGUGCGGAUCAUUGGCAGCUCUACACUAGCACUUUGUCAUAUAGCCAGUGGGGCGGCAGAGGCCUAUUACCAGUACGGCCUGCACUGCUGGGACAUUGCAGCGGCCGCAAUCAUCAUCAGGGAGGCAGGAGGCUGUGUCAUCGACACCACAGGGGGCCCCCUCGAUCUCAUGUCCAGACGAGUUGUGGCUGCUGGGACCAGAGAGAUAGCAGACUAUGUCAUAAAGCAGCUGCAGCCUAUAAACUACGGCCGUGAUGACAGUGACCCAAAUGCCCUGGCCUGAUCACUCCCUUGACCUCUGACCCCAUCCUAAGCCUUUUACCUCAGAACACAGAAUCCUGCCAUGUUACAUCUGCAGCAUCUUUUUAAUGCAACAUUCACAUAUUUAUAGUUUUUCUUUUAUGGUUUAGCAUGAAACAGUUUGUAUGUUUUCCAGUCACUGGACACAUCCAAAACUCAUGGCAUCCUUUUGAGUAAUUAAUUUUUGGGUAAACAUAAAAAUAAGUUGUAAUCACUGUAUCCACAACCAUAUAUUUAUAUAUUUUAAUUGUAGUUUAUUAAACAUAGAAGGCAGAUUUUCAUCAUGUUAAAUGGAUUUUCAAUAUGCUAUUCAUAAUUUAUGUUUUAAGGUGCCUUGAAAUGGCAGGAUACUGAUAAUGCCAAAUAAUAAUAAAAUAAAUAAACAAAUCCAUACGAAUAUAACAAACAACUUGGAUUUCACACUACAACAAGGGAGAAACAUAAAUUUAAUGUAUAUCAAUUUAUGGUCUAAGAAAAGCAGCAGGUUAUGGACUGAAACAGGUCUUUAAAUAGCGUAUAUUUAAUUUAGGUUAUCAAUUUAAAGAAGUGGUUGCUAAGUAUGCCGUAUGGUCAGUGAAUUAAAAUAACGUAGGAAUAUUAUGGUAGUGAAAUACAUGUAGCUAAUUAGAUCAUUACUCUGGAAGUUCACCAAACAAUUUACUCACCCUUAUAUUGUUCCAAACCAUAUGACUUUCUUUCUAAAUGCUAGUCAGGCCAUGUGUUGCUCUCAGUCACCAUUCUCUUUCAUUGUUUCUUUUUUCAUACUAUGAAUGUGAAUGGUGACUAAGGCUAAAAUUCUGCUUAACAUCUCAUUUUGUGCUCCACAGAAGUAAGUCAGAUGGGUUUGGAACAACACGAGGGUGAGUAAAUGAUGACAGAAUUUUCAUUUUUGUGUGAACUAUCCUAUAGUUGUAAACACUUCGUUUUAAAAAUUGAUGCUUUAGUUAAGAUACUAUUGGCCAUUAACUAGCUAAAGAAGAAAAAAAAAAAAGAUACAAAACCAUACAGCAGUAGGCAUAUUCAAUGUUACUUUGGUAAGUUCUCAGUGAAUAACUACAUCUGACCAAAUGCACUUAAUCAACUAAUAUAUAUAUGUGUGUAUAUAUAUAUAUAUAUAUAUAUAUAUAUAUAUAUACACACACACACACACAGUUCUAAUAAUUACAGGCACACACUGCAGUUUUAACAUGUUUUCCUUUAUGUUUUUCUAAUAAUGGAUGAUUACAGUACAAACCACAGUACAGUACAACAGCUGAAAUACAAAUACAUGAAGAUUUGACUAUAUAUAUAUAUAUAUAUAUAUUAUUAGUUUUACUGAUGUGAAAUUCUCUGUGUAUCAGGGCAACAUUUAUCAGUCUGGUAUGAAAAAUUAAAAGCACACAUCAAAAUGAAUGAUGUCCUGUAAUUAUUUAGUCAUUCAUAACUAACCAUGAUCAGUCAUCUAUUGAUUGUCUUUGGAUAAAAUAUUACUAUGCAUAAAUAAUAAAUUGUGCAUUAUUUAGUUGCAAGCUUUCCAAAUUUGGGAGCAAAAUAAAAGGGAACAGUUUCUCCGAAAACAAUCUUACAUUUUAAAGCAAUUCUGACUAAUAAAUCUGAUUUCUCCAUUAUUUGUUAUGAGUAUCUCAAAUUAAACUAAUAGUUGGAUACACAUUUUUUCUUUGCUUCAGCAUUUGCCUUAAACUUGAUAUUUGGUUUCCAAUGGAUAAAACUGAAUUCAGUAGGCCUAUUUCUUUCAAGUCUUAAAGGUUUAUACUAAAACUGUUAGGUUAUUUAAUUAACACAAA